AGUACACAACCAAUCAAGCAGGUCAAAUAAUCCUCUAGAAACAGCUUUGCGCAGCGAGGCUUGAAAACUCGCAACACCCGCUCGUCUAAUGGGCGAAGGCGCGCUCGGGGUUCCGCCGCUCCCCGUCACCGCGUCAAAUGAGGAGCGGGAGGCACGGUACGAACUGGUGCUUGAGUCGGUGAAGUCUGUCCUGGAAGGCGAGGACGACUGGGUGGCUGUCAUGGCCACAGUGGCGUGUCUGCUGCAUGAGGCGUUCGAGUACUACCACUGGACGGGCUUCUACCAGGCCGGGCCCCCGGGCGAUGACACGCUGGUGAUCGGGCCGUACCAGGGCCACAUGGGCUGCCUGCGCAUCCCGUACAGCAGGGGCGUGUGCGGCGCAGCGGCGCGCACCAAGACCUCUCAGCUGGUGCCGGACGUGUCCCAGUUCCCCGGCUACAUCGCCUGCGCCUCCAGCACAAGGUCCGAGGUGGUGGUCCCGGUGGUGCGGUCCCACAUCUCCUUCAAUGACGGGCGGACGCCCUCGAUACCAGAGAAGCUGGUGGCGGUGCUGGACGUCGACUCGGACCACCCCGCGGCCUUCACAGAGGUGGACCAGGAGUGCCUAGAGGAGUUGUGUGAGUGGCUGGGAGAUCAUCUGCAGUUGUGGCACAAACUGCCAAAGUGGGAGCCUUCCCACCUUUACUAGUGCUGUGGGCACCGGUCGUGUCGCUGGUGUGGCGCCGCGGCGCACGGGGGAGUUGGGGGCCAGGCGGAGGCGCAGGUGUCGCAGGCUGCCCAGCCGAUGGCCGUCGGGAUCUGCACUGCGUGACAGGACGGCUGAGCUCGCCUAAUGCUGGGGCGGGUGCGUUCUGUGGGCGCGGAGCCACCCCAGCAUCAGGCGCUAAAGCCGGUCAGGCGGUCAGCCGUCGGCUGGGCUUCGCGCCCACAGGCGCUGUCAGCAGCCCCCCCACCACCAGUCAGGCAGGCGAGUAGCCCGGGCGGCCUCCUCCCACGCAGGGCAGCUGCUGCUGGGUGCCCAGGCCGCCGGGCGGCAGGCCGCUGGCGUGUCAGGGCAUGCCAUGUGCGCGCGUACAGGCGUGUAGAAGCAUAACAGCAUGUAGAAGCAUACAUUCCAUGUGCGUGAAGAACGUGUUGUGCCGUGUGUGUGUUUGGGUCCCGGACCUACCGGUGCACACGGGCGGGACCGCCGGGAAGACAGGACAAGGCCGUUAUGAGGCGGUGACGAGGUCACGAGGCUAGCGUGUCUUGGUGGCGCUGUCUGCGCAUUGGUACAGUAAGUUGUGAUGCAAUGUACUGUUCCGCUGCUCGAGGUAGGGACGUGCUUCAUGCGUUAGGUCGCAGCCGGAAGGGCUUGUCCAUUGCCGUUCAGUUGUCAUGCCAGAGACAAGAGGCCGUCUGGAAUCUCUGGACGUCUGGUGGCGCGAGGAACACACACCUUGCGCCUC